AUGCCGCAAGCGCAAGAUGCCGUACCUAAGAAGCGUGGGCCCAAGACGGAUGUCCUGGAGGCGCUCCUGAAGAGAGUGGAUGGUCUGGAGGCAAAGUUGAAGGAGAAAAAUGCAGGGGAAAAGACUCCGACUACUCCGACCACAGCAGGUAUCAAGGAUGAAGACGCUUCGCGACUAGAAGACAGCCCGGAGGACGACCCAAACCCCAAUCCUAAACGUCUGGCACUGGACACCAAAAUAGACGCCGAUGAAUCAGCCGUCUAUUCGCCUGCCCCAGCGAGUGGAUAUCAAUCAGCCGUCCAACUUAGCGAAGAGUUCGCGUCACGCGCCAGGGCUGAGAUCAACACAGAUGAGCCUUCAGUUGACGCCCUGCAGGCCCUACUUCUGCUCGUCAUUGCCUUCACUGCAGCAGGCAAGGGCAAGAAAGCCUACAUGCUGAUGAUGGGUAUGGCAAUGGCUCUUGAGACUCACCGCGAGUUGGACAACAACGCCCGGGUCACGCCCGUCGAGCGAGAAAUGAGGCGGAGACUUUUCUGGACGUGUUAUCUACUGGACCGGUUUCUCGCAUGCGGUUCGAAACGCCCCUCUCUCAUCGGUGACAAGACCAUUCUCCUCCGGUUGCCGUGUUGGUCGCCUAACCCUACCGUGCCCCCGAUUGACGGAGAGUUCUUCCAAUCCGGAUCCAACCUGCAGUUCCUUCAGGGCAGCGGUAAGAAGUCGCAAGGGAGUACAGGUAUGCUCAUUGAUAUCAGCCGUAUUCUUGGCAUCACGAACCGUUACCUGGCAGCGGGAGGUGUAAAGGGCGACUCUCACUUCCCAUGGCACUCGCUAUCGAAUCUGUCCAAAAUCCGCCAAGACUUGGAUAUUUGGGCUUCUGGUACUGAGGACGUCUUCUCAAGUCUUGACACGUUGUUCGGUCAACCCGACUCAACGAUUUUGGUGCUGAGCAAGCUUAUAUACCACCUCAUUCACUGCCUCAUCUACCGACCUUUCCUACCGAUCGACCUGGCCGAGCUUGCCGGAACCGGACAGCACCAAUCUUGGCAAAUUGAGGCAACGAACAUGUGCUUCCUGCACGCGAACGCGAUCUCCGAACUGGUGGAGCUUGGAAAGCAGACCGGCACAAUCGAAUGGCCGGCCUUUGUGGGAUAUUGUAUAUGCACCGCCGGCACAGUUCAUAUCCACGGUGCCCAUUACAACAAGAAUGGCAGCGGCGAUUCGACUGUUUUCGGCAUGUCGGCGGAUUUCCUGUCUCGGGAAAUGCAACAACUGAGCGAGCUGCGAUAUGCUUGGGCAAGCGUCCAGCAUCAGAGAGAAACGCUCCAGGGCAUCUACAACGCGCACUCGGAGCUGGCUAAAAGCCUCGCAAACAACCCUAUGCGGUAUUCUCCAGCAUUCCAUCUCGAGGAUUUCUUUGAUCGAUAUUCAAACAUUGGCGGACCUGGCGGGCAGACCUUCAACUUUGACGCAGCGAACCUGAGCCUUUCUGAUGUCGUUGUUGACUUCACUACGGAUACGUACACGGGUCAUGACCUCUACGCGCCUCGCGCAAACAGUAUGCAUGAAAUGGAGCGACCCAACCUAAAGCGAAAGAACACAGCUCCGUCCGGCCGGAAGCGCCCAGAUGCCAAAGUUCUCUCGCCGCUUAGCACCACCAGCAUGGCACCUCCCCACGGCCUGCCGACGCCGUCUCAUGCUCGACAUUCGUUCUCUCAUCCGACCCCCACGAUGGCCGCCCACCCCUCCCCAGGACUGCUUGCCACACCCACGUCGCUGCCUCCGCACCCCGAGGUGAUGGAGCAUCCUUCAAUGCCUGUAUCUCAUGGCCAUUAUGACGAGGCGGCAGCCAACAAUGCGGCUGUUGCAGCGGCGGCAGCAGCUGGGUUCUCACUCGGACACCAACCUCAUCAUCAAGGGAACGUGCCUGCGCUUUCCUCGACCGCCUUCUCCCCGCAGUUUAGCUUCGCUACUCCUGGGCCAAGCGGGAACAGCGAGGGAGGAGGCAGCUACGAUCCCAUGUUUGGCGGCCUGCCCACGAACGCGUUUGGGAGUCCAGCGGCCUGGCACGGCGAUGAAGGAGGUAACAAAGUGACGGGGGUUGCCGCGCCUAGUCCAGGAACAAAGAGCAACAACGGCAGUACGGGCACUGGUCCGGGCGAGGAGAAGGACCCCUUCCUGAGUCUACUGGAACAGCUUGCGGAGAAUGAGCACCAGUUUGCGCGAGGUCCCGGCAGUGAGCUUGAUUUCUUUUUUAGCGGCACCGGAGCGGCACAGUAA